UAGAGGGGAGGAGAGAAGAUGAGAGAGGAGGGAGCAUUCGCGAGGUGAGAUGCUUGGUGCUUCCCUCGGAAGGCCUGCAUGUCAAUGAGGGACGGCCAUCUGGAAAUCACUGCUUAAGACACAGAAACCAGCUGUAGCUCUUGCAGCGUACACUUGCUCAAUCACAGGGCAACAAAGGGACGGAUGCUUUUUCUAUCGCUCGGGCCAUUAUACUACACAUAUCAGCACUGACAAAGUCUAUUGAAGAGCUGCUAUAUGCAAUUGCUGAAAAAUUGACGCGGUUGCCUGCAUCAGACUUCAAUUAAAGUAAUGGAGCUGGAGCACUUUGACGAGCGGGAGAAAGCCCAGAGAAACACCCGCAGAGGCUCCAGGAACAACGGGCUGCCGAGCCCCACUCACAGUGCCCACUGUAGUCUGUACAGGACCCGGACACUGCAGUCCCUGGCCUCGGAGAAGAAGGCCAAGAAGGUCCGCUUUUACCGAAACGGAGACCGCUACUUCAAAGGGAUUGUCUACGCUAUUUCCCAGGACAGGUUUCGGUCUAUAGACGCCCUGUUAGCCGAUCUGACCCGCUCCCUGUCAGAUAAUGUGAACUUGCCCCAGGGGGUCCGGACCAUCUACUCUAUUGACGGGACCAAGAAGAUAUUGGGCAUGGAACAGCUGGAGGAAGGAGAGAGCUAUGUGUGUGGCUCCAUAGAGCCAUACAGGAAGCUGGACUACACUAAGAAUGUCAACCCCAACUGGUCAGUUGGGGUGAAGACAGCUGCCUCGGCACGUGGCCCCCCCUCCCUGGGCAGUGCCAAGGCUGGGGCCCCGGAGACCAGGGAGAGUAAGGACUUCAUCCGGCCCAAACUGGUCACCAUCAUCCGGAGCGGGGUGAAGCCUCGAAAGGCCGUCCGCAUCCUCCUCAACAAAAAGACGGCCCACUCCUUCGAACAGGUCCUCUCUGACAUCACAGAUGCCAUCAAGAUGGACUCUGGGGUCGUCAAGAGACUGUACACCGUGGAUGGGAAGCUGGUGACAUGCCUUCAGGACUUCUUUGGUGACGAUGACAUCUUUAUGGCCUGUGGUCCAGAGAAGUUUCGCUACCAAGAUGACUUCCUCUUAGAUGAGAGUGAGUGUAGAGUGGUGAAGUCGACGUCAUACGGUCGGAUCUCCUCUCUGCUGGGACGCUACUCACCCAGAGGAGGAGGCUCACGCCGAAGCUCAGGUUCAGCCAAUGGGACGGCAGGCAGUCAGCUGUCGACUCCUCGCUCAGGGAAGUCCCCCAGCCCCUCUCCCACCAGUCCUGCUAGUCUCCAACGACGCAGGGGGUCCCAACACAGUGGCUCGUCCCUGUCUCUAGCCUCCACCAAGGUGUGUAGCUCCAUGGAUGAGGGAGACGGAGCAGGUAGUGAAGCGGAGCUGAACCUGCUGAGUGAUGAAUGUCCCUCCGUCCCUCCGUCCAUCGCUGAGAGGUACAAGGUGGGGAGGACUUUAGGUGACGGUACCUUUGCUGUGGUUAAAGAAUGUGUGGAGAGAUGUACCGGCAGAGAAUAUGCCCUGAAGAUCAUCAACAAAGGCAAAUGUAGGGGAAAGGAACACAUGAUCCAGAACGAGGUGUCCAUCCUCCGUCGUGUCAAACACCCCAACAUCGUUCUGCUGAUCGAGGAAAUGGACACCUACAGCGAGCUUUACCUGGUCAUGGAGCUGGUCAAGGGGGGUGACCUGUUUGAUGCCAUCACUUCCUCUAAUAAAUACACAGAGAGAGAUGCUAGUGGGAUGCUGUAUAACCUGGCCAGUGCCAUCAAGUACCUGCACAGCCUCAACAUCGUGCACAGAGACAUCAAACCUGAGAACCUGCUGGUGUAUGAGCAUCAGGAUGGUAGUAAGUCUCUGAAGUUGGGAGACUUUGGCUUGGCUAGCCUGGUGGAUGGACUCCUCUACCUGGUCUGUGGCACCCCCACCUAUGUAGCACCUGAGAUCAUUGCUGAGACAGGGUACGGGCUGAAGGUCGAUAUCUGGGCAGCUGGAGUAAUCACAUACAUCCUGCUGUGUGGCUUCCCUCCCUUCAGUGGGAACAGUGAGGACCAGGAGAUUCUGUUGGACCAGAUUCUAAUGGGACAACUAGACUUCCCUUCCCCAUCCUGGGACAACGUGUCUGUCACUGCUAAGGAGCUGAUUACUGGGAUGCUGCAGGUGAAGGUGGAACAGAGAUACACAGCUCUGCAGGUUCUGGAUCACCCCUGGGUCAAUGAUGAUGGCCGAUUAGUGAAAGACCAGCAGCUCUCUGUGGCUGGGAAGAUUAAGAAACACUUCAACACGGGUCCUAAAGCCUGCAGCACCACUGCUGGAGUGUCUGUUAUCACAACCACCCCUCUUGAUAAGGAGCGGCAGGAUUUCAGACUAAGACACCAGCAGGAUGUGAGGUUGAAGCCCCGCCCCUGCCCCCAACCAACCGGCUUCCCUGCCAGUGCCAGCCAAAGCUCUGCCCACAGCUCCAAUAACCCUGCCCUCUCUCCCGCUGACUUUACCUCAGAGUCAGAAGAUUACUCCCCCAGCCCCUCCCCCACAUCUCCUAGCUCCGCUGACACCGUCCGCUCCCCCACCUCCCCCUUCUAGACCCCGAAGGAAGAGAGAGGGGAGAGGAGGAUGGAGGGAGAACGAGGAAGGAUAGGGGGCACGUAUCCCUGUACUAACACUAGCCCAUGUCCCCGUAUUCACGACGACACUCUGUCAAGAUGCCUACCAAUUACUUAAACAUUGAUUUUCCAUUCCGGCUACAGUGUCAGAUUAUCCUAAGAUACACUGGGGUCAGAGCCAUGCAUAGGGGUCAGUUAGGGUGGGGUUAGGGUUAAAGGUUAGAGGUUAGGGUCAAGGUUAAAGGUGUAUUCUGGAUGGGUUCUGCUCUGGCCCUGAGAGGUUACUAAGGCUGAGAAUCUGUAUCUGCUUAUCUUUUUAAGACACCACACAGACAUACAAGAGUUAAGCCUUAUUUCAGCAAAUACUGAAUAAUGAUCCACUGAGGUCCCCUGGUGUUGGGAGGUGAGUACUGCAGGCCAACCAACCUGCUAACAGGACAGUUUAAACUGCAACACAACUAACCUACAGAUCAAAAUCUUCCAUUUAACUUGACGGGACCUCAUACGCCCUAAAUAGGGCAUCUUAAGUAUUUAUGUGAUUAAACAUACAUUUUGAAAAUAAUAAUGAUAAUAAUAAUGACGUUGGAUCCUUGAAAAGUGCUGUAUAAACAAAAUACCGUGUAUUAUUAUUCAUUUGGACAAUGUAUGCAUCAAGUCAGGUAUCUAUUUGUGUGAAGUUAUAUUGCACCCAAUUCCUUGCAACUUGUACAGUUGAUUGUGUAGAAAAACACGUCCAAGUGAAAAGAUCUCAGCUUCAGAGCGCUCAAUAAGACUACGUGUGUCUAGAAGGACAUGUGGCUACGGUCCACUUUCAUUUAUCCAACUGUCUAGUGUUCAGCUGUUCUCCAGUUCUUGGUGCUGUUGUAGACAUAAUAUACUACACACUUUACAGAGGACCAGAGAGGGGCGCUGGAAGCUCUCCAGGCAUUCUGCGAUACCAUAUCUAUUGGUUGAUUGAUUGUGUUUUUGUGUCCAUGACUGUUAUGCCAGUGUGCCAGUUCAUGUACAGUCCUCAUUUAGUGGACUACGAAAAAGGUUGUGUAUUUGGUAGAGUAUUAACAGACAUUUUCAUGGCUUUUUAUUAUUGUACAAAAUUGGCCUUGUUUCAGUUAAUAUGUUAAUAUGUUGAUAGUGAAAUAAUUACCUAUUUAAAGUAUGAUUAUUGGCCUGAACACAAUGGACCAAGUGCAAUUAGGUUCUGGAUCUCUUACCAACAUUAGACAGCACAGACUUUUUCAAGCUAUUGUUAACUAUAAACAAUCCAUACAUUGUGAAUGUAUGUCAGAACAGAGGUGCGUCUUUCAGUGCUGCCUGAGUUUUCAGCUUGCUGUGUGUGAGCCAGGGGUUGGAACCGGUUCAGUGAACAGAACUGAAAACCGGAAAAUCAUGCAGUUCAAAACAAGAUGCCCAGCACUUCAAGCCUCCUCCUCCACCCUCUCUUCCCACCCACAACAUUUUAGUCACAUCUCACUCCCUACAAUUGCAUGUAAACAACUACAGCUUGCCCACUCCAUAGCAAGCUACUAUAUCCGCACUGAUUGGUAAAGUCAUUUAAUGUUGAGUUCAAUGUUUUUUUUAAACUAUGAUUGCAGAGGUUUAAAAAGGAACAAUAUAAACUGCUACUAAUUUGGGGGUUCAAUCCGGUUCAGAACUUUAUUUUGCUGGUCAGAACAAUGGAACUGAACAAAAAAAAUGGUUUUGUUAAAAACGAUGCGUUUGGAAAAUACUUUUGCUUCCAACCCCUGGUGUAAGCACAGUGAGUUGGCAGGUCUAGAAAGAGAGAGAAGCACAGUGAGUUGGCAGGUCUAGAAAGAGAGAGAAGCACAGUGAGUUGGCAGGUCUAGAGAGAGAAGCGCAGUGAGUUGGCAGGUCUAGAAAGAGAAGCACAGUGAGUUGGCAGGUCUAGAAAGAGAAGCACAGUGAGUUGGCAGGUCUAGAAAGAGAAGCACAGUGAGUUGGCAGGUCUAGAAAGAGAAGCACAGUGAGUUGGCAGGUCUAGAAAGAGAGAGAAGCACAGUGAGUUGGCAGGUCUAGAAAGAGAAGCACAGUGAGUUGCCAGGUCUAGAAAGAGAAGCACAGUGAGUUGCCAGGUCUAGAGAGAGAGAGAAGCACAGUGAGUUGGCAGGUCUAGAAAGAGAGAGAAGCACAGUGAGUUGGCAGGUCUAGAAAGAGAAGCACAGUGAGUUGGCAGGUCUAGAAAGAGAAGCACAGUGAGUUGGCAGGUCUAGAAAGAGAAGCACAGUGAGUUGGCAGGUCUAGAGAGAGAGAGAAGCACAGUGAGUUGGCAGGUCUAGAAAGAGAAGCACAGUGAGUUGGCAGGUCUAGAAAGAGAAGCACAGUGAGUUGCCAGGUCUAGAAAGAGAAGCACAGUGAGUUGGCAGGUCUAGAAAGAGAAGCACAGUGAGUUGGCAGGUCUAGAAAGAGAAGCACAGUGAGUUGGCAGGUCUAGAAAGAGAAGCACAGUGAGUUGGCAGGUCUAGAAAGAGAAGCACAGUGAGUUGACAGGUCUAGAAAGAGAAGAACAGUGAGUUGGCAGGUCUAGAAAGAGAGAGAAAAACAGUGAGUGGGCAGGUCUAGAGAUAAAGAGAAGAACAGUGAGUUGGCCGGUCUAGAGAGAGAGAGAAGCACAGCGAGUUGGCAGGUCUAGUGAGAGAGAGAAGCACAGUGAGUUGGCAGGUCUGGAGAGAGAGAGAAGCAUAGUGAGU